AUGCCUCAACUACGAGUCCUCGUCGUCGGCGCCUCCAUCGCCGGCACCUCGGCCGCGUACUGGUUCCGCAAAGCCGGCGCGCUCGUCACGGUCAUCGAGCGCUUCCCGUCCUUCCGCCUCACGGGCCAAAAUGUCGACAUCCGCACCGUCGGCGUCAAGGUGAUGCGCAAGAUGCCCGGCAUGGAGGCCGCCGUGCGCACCGCCACCACCACCAUGGACAGCAUCAGCUUCGUCGACGCCCGCGGCCGGUCAUACGGCGCCAUCGCCGCCACCGGCGACCCCGAGCAGCAGUCCCUCGUCUCCGAGUACGAAAUCUUCCGCGGCAAGCUGGCGGAAAUCAUCUACAGCUACACCAAAGAUGACAAGGAUGUUCGGUACGUCUUUGGCGAGCAGCUGGCGGGCAUGACACCGAAGGGGGACGAUGGCGAGAAUGGCCCCGUGGUGGUCGAGUUUGCGAACGGGCGCGCCGCCGAGGAGUUUGACCUGGUGGUGGCGUGCGACGGCGCCACGUCCCGCACGCGCGCGCUGGGUUUGGGCUGCGGCGUCCGCGACCAUGUCGUCACGACCAACCACUGGGCUGCGUACUUUGACAUUGAAAAGGACCUCCUCGAGGGUGGCAAGGUCGGGCUGUCGUACAGCGCACCCGGCGGGCGCAUGAUCUGCCUCGGCCCCGGGCCCGACGGCGGCUCCAAGGGCGUGCUCUUCAGCGUCGCCGCCUCCAGCACCCCCGACCUGACGGGCCCCUUCCGCGCCGCCCAGCAGCGCGGCGACGCCGCCCUGCGCGAGUUUGUCGCUGAUCGCUGCCGCGGCGCGGGCUGGCGCACCGACGAGAUCCUCGACCACAUGAUGGCCUCGAACGCCUUCUACGCCAGCGAGAUGGUGCGCGUCAAGACGGAGACGCUCUCCCGGGGCAGUUACUUUGCGCUCGUCGGCGACGCGGGCUACGCGUCGGCCAGCGGCACCGGCACCACGCUCGCCAUGGCCGGCGCGUACGUGCUGGCGGGGGAGGUGGCCAGGCAUCCGGGGGACGUCAGGGCGGCGCUGGCGGCGUACGAGAUGGCGAUGCGGCCGCUGAUUGACGACAUGCAAACGGUGUCGCCGCUGUUCUGGAGCGUCAUGGCGCCGCAGACGGCGUGGGGGAUUGCGCUGCGGAACCGCAUCUUUCAGUUUGUGUGCUGGACGCGGGUGCUGGAUCUGGCGCAAAAGUUCUUUGCGGGUGCGUUUUCAAGCGCGGAGAAGCAUGUGCUGCCCGAGUAUGAGUGGUUGAAUUAG